CAACUCUAGUGUGACUUCCAAACUCCUGGGCCCCGGGCUCACCUCGAGAUUUGCCCGCGCCUCCCGCCUGCUCCCCGAGGGCCGCGGGAAGCCUCCAGCGCCCAGGGGUCGUCCGGGAAGUGCACUCCCAGCCCGCGCGCCGCGCAGCCCGCGGGGGGCCAGCCCGAGGCGAUGAAGCCGUCCUGGCUGCAGUGUCGCAAGGUCACCGGCGCCGGGGGACUCGGGGGGCCCCUGCCCGGGCCCUCGGCGGCCCCGGGCGCCGGCGCUGCGCGCAGGGCUUACGUGGUCCCUGGCCCGCGGGGCGCUCUCGGGGGUCGGGGCUGCCGAGCGCUGUCGUCGGCCGGCGGUGGCGGCGAGUACAAGACCCACUUCGCGGCCUCGGUGGCCGACCCCGAGAGGUUCUGGGGCAAAGCCGCCGAGCAGAUCAGCUGGUACAAGCCCUGGACCAAAACGCUGGAGAACAGAUACCCGCCUUCCACCAGCUGGUUUGUGGAAGGAAUGCUUAACAUCUGUUACAAUGCCAUCGAUCGUCAUAUUGAAAAUGGUCAAGGAGAUAAGAUUGCUAUCAUCUAUGACAGUCCUGUUACAGAUACUAAAGCAACUAUUACCUACAAAGAAGUUCUGGAGCAGGUCUCUAAGCUGGCGGGUGUUUUGGUCAAGCAUGGAGUCAAGAAAGGUGACACCGUGGUCAUCUACAUGCCCAUGAUCCCGCAGGCGAUGUAUACCAUGCUGGCAUGUGCAAGGAUAGGAGCCAUCCAUAGUCUCAUAUUUGGGGGAUUUGCAUCCAAAGAACUAAGUAGUCGUAUUGACCAUGCAAAGCCCAAGGUGGUUGUUACAGCAUCCUUUGGGAUUGAACCCGGAAGGAGAGUAGAAUACAUCCCACUUCUAGAAGAAGCACUGAGACUAGGACAACACAAACCAGAUCACGUUCUCAUUUAUAAUCGUCCAAACAUGGAGACCGUUCCUUUGGCUCCCGGUCGUGACCUUGAUUGGGAUGAAGAGAUGGCCAAAGCACAGUCACAGGACUGCGUCCCUGUUCUUUCAGAACAUCCGCUCUAUAUUCUUUACACAUCUGGAACAACGGGGCUACCAAAGGGUGUGGUUAGACCUACUGGGGGAUACGCUGUGAUGCUAAACUGGACAAUGUCUUCUAUCUAUGGACUUAAACCUGGAGAGGUGUGGUGGGCAGCCUCUGACUUAGGCUGGGUUGUUGGACAUUCCUAUAUCUGUUAUGGACCUCUUCUACAUGGAAACACAACAGUUUUAUAUGAGGGAAAGCCUGUGGGAACACCAGAUGCUGGCGCUUAUUUCCGUGUGCUCGCGGAGCAUGGAGUAGCUGCCUUGUUUACAGCGCCGACUGCAAUUAGAGCCAUCCGUCAACAGGACCCUGGGGCAGCCUUGGGGAAGCAGUACUCUCUGACAAGGUUCAAAACACUGUUUGUGGCUGGAGAACGAUGUGAUGUGGAGACCCUGGAAUGGUCCAAAAAGGUCUUCAGGGUACCUGUCCUAGACCACUGGUGGCAAACUGAGACUGGAUCUCCAAUUACGGCAUCAUGCAUCGGAUUAGGUAAUUCUAAAACCCCUCCUCCAGGACAAGCAGGAAAAAGUGUUCCGGGAUACAACGUUAUGAUUUUGGAUGACAACAUGCAAAAACUGAAGGCUCGAUGUUUAGGAAAUAUUGUGGUAAAGUUGCCAUUACCACCUGGUGCUUUUUCAGGACUCUGGAAGAAUCAGGAAGCAUUCAAGCAUUUAUACUUUGAAAAAUUUCCUGGAUACUAUGACACCAUGGAUGCUGGUUACAUGGAUGAAGAAGGCUAUUUAUAUGUUAUGUCUCGAGUUGAUGACGUGAUAAAUGUUGCAGGCCACAGAAUUUCUGCUGGUGCUAUUGAAGAGUCGGUCCUCUCUCACGGCGCGGUGGCCGACUGCGCUGUUGUUGGUAAGGAAGAUCCUUUGAAAGGUCACGUCCCCUUAGCACUCUGCGUGUUGAGAAAAGAUAUUAAUACAACAGAGAAACAAGUUUUGGAAGAAAUUGUGAACCAUGUUAGACAGAGCAUUGGCCCUGUGGCUGCUUUUCGAAAUGCACUGUUUGUCAAACAGUUACCCAAAACAAGAUCUGGCAAAAUUCCCCGGUCGGCUCUGUCUGCCCUGGUCAAUGGCAAGCCGUAUAAGAUAACGCCUACAAUUGAGGACCCCAGCAUUUUUGGGCACAUAGAAGAAGUGCUGAAGCAGGCAUCGUGACUUUCUUUUUUCCUAUUUUGAGUCAGUUUGAGUCAAUUUUCUAAUUGGGAGUCAAAUUUUUUGAAUCCUUUCCCACAAAUAAAUAUUUGAAUAGGAAUUACUUGCAAACCAAAAUGUGAAUUGUAAAGCUUGGUCUAAAAAAAAAAUUAUUGAAGACUAGAGAAAGACCUGCACCUUCUGUUUAAUUAGACCCAAUUAGCAUCUUUUUCAGUUGCCUGGAACAUGGUUCAUGGUCUACCACUUUAGGAAGAAUAUAGCUAAUGUAUGAUUUUAAAAAGCUGACCCCCAAAUAUUUUAAUUGAAAGUGACACAUUAACAUGGAACUACUUUCUGAAAUGAGGAAUCUGUAGCUUUGAACCAAAACCUAAAACUCAAGUUGAAGUCAGAAAAUAACAACUUUUCUUACAGAAAUUCUGAAUAUUUUCUAACGUUCUUGAAAUGUCCUUAUGCAUAGUUAUUAUAAAGAAAAUAGAUAAAACGGAAGGUUUUAGGUAAUCACCUAGACAGAUGAUUUUCUGGAGAGGAGGAUCUGUCUACUCAUACAUUUCCUGAGGGAAGCUUAGAUACCAGGGUAUAGCUCUGCCUUCAGGUCAUUUUGACUUAGUCAAGGGAAAUCACAUGCCUGACAGAUUCAAGAGGUCAUUUAGCCCAAUCUGUUUGUCAUGGAGAUGAGAGCACUUUGGGGUUCCUCCUGUCUCAGGUAACAGUCGACUGUACGGUUAAUGAUUCCAGCAUCCUAUAAAAACAAGGAAAUGACACAGAAAUGCAGUAAACUGAGGAAGAAAGCUCUUAAGGAAGAAAUGUAAAAUUUUUACGUUAUGCUUAACGAUCAGGAGUUUUUUUAGAAAUCCCUAAUCCAGAUUUUUAUGUGAAAUCUCCAAGUUUUAAAUAACUCACUAAAAAAUAUUGUGACAUCCAAGCACAUCUUUCCAUUUAAAAUUAUAUAAAACUAUUGAGCAUUUAAAAAAAAUUACUGAAAAUGAAUCUUUGUUAAUAAGUUUUUGAUAAUGUACCAAUUAGCCAGGGCAGAUAUAGAUAAUUGAAUAUAUGAUUUACUUAGGAUUCUACAAGAUAUCAGUUAUUAAAGAAUACAUUUAAACUAAAAAAUAAAUAUACCAUGCCCAUUGAGUCUUUGAUGGUGCUCGAAGUAUUUCAGUCCAUCAGGAAAAUUAUUUUUAAGAGCAGCUAUUCUAACAUAAUAGUCUGGAUAUAUGAAAUAUGUGUGAGAGAUAACAGAUAAGAGCUUAUUUACUUGUUUAUUUCAUAAAGAUUGCUUACAACCUAUAUAUAAAGACAUUGUGAAAAUGCUAGGUUUAUUAUUACUUUUUUUUUUUGGACCAUAAGCUGUAAAUAAAUGGCUUCUCAAAGCAGA